AUGGAUAUUGAUAUCGAUAUUGAAAUGUUGAUUUCCCUGGUUGAAAAUAGACCUGUGCUUUGGGAUAAAACUUCAGAAAGAUACAAAAUUAAACAGCUUAAUUUUACGGCAUGGAUGGACAUCUGCAAAAUGAUACAUCCAAGUUUUGAUACAUUAUCUGAUAAAGAAAAAAACGAAUUUGGUAAGUUUACAUUAAUUAUUUAUUCAUUAUUAUUUAUUAUUUAUUAUACAAAUAUAAUAUUUUUCCCUAUUUUCGUUAAAUAUACUGAUUCUGCCACGGUAAUCUCCCUUCUGGUGACACAAAGUACUCAGCAAAUUUAUUUCUAAUCAUAUUUGAUGUUAAGCUACCUCUUACCGAAUUUGAACGAGGUAAUUGGCGUAGAUCGGAGUUUAGAUCUUCAGUAGUUAAAUCGCUAGAUAUACUAUUAAUAAUUCCCUCUUCUUUGUGAAUAAAAUUUUGCAACAAACAACAAGUCUUUACUAUAUCAACUGCUAAAUCCGUAGAUACAUUUAAUGGUUGAUGUAAAAUUCGCCAUUUAUUCGCCAUUAUAACAAAUGUACAUUCAACAUACCGUCUUGUCAAACGGUAGUUGAAUGUACUUUUUAAUUCAUCGAGUUGAUGACCAUCAAACGGUCGAAGUACAUGUUCAUGUAUGGCAAAUGCUUCAUUACCAACGAAUACGUAUGGUAGAUCACAAUCAGUUCCUAGUUUAUUUGUAGAUGAUGGUGUGUUCAAUCUAUCAUUUAAUAAGUUUUUCCAAAAUUGUGUUUGUUUGAAUACCACUGAAUCACAUUCUUUCCCGUAUGCACCAACAUCGAUAAAAAUAUAAUUAUAGUUAGUGUCUGCCACGGCCAUUAGUACGAUGGAAAAGUAGUGUUUGUAGUUUAAAAACAUUGAUCCACUUUGUUAGGGUUUUAUGACUCUAAUAUGCUUACCGUCUAUGGAUCCUAAGCAUAGAGGAAAAUUUGCAGCACUUUCAAAAUUAUUGGCUAUCAUUAACCAGUCGUCCUUGGAUGGAAUUUUCAUAUAUAUAUUACACAAUUCAGUCCAUAUUGUUGUACAUACUUCUCGAACGAUAUAGCUUAUUGUUUUUAUUCGGAUUCUAAAUGUGUAUUGAAGAUCUGUAAAUGUACUUCCUGAUGGCAAGAACCUGUAAAAAUAAAUAUUUUUAAGUUUUAAUCUAUUUGUUUUUAAUUUUAAGAAAAAAUGUUAUAAAAAAAUGGAAUAAUGCAAGAGAUAAUUGGAUGAGAUGUGAUAAAAAAAAUAAAGAGUACAACAAGUCAGGUUCAGCAGCGAAACCUGUUCAAAAAUACAAGUUUUAUAAGCAAAUGCAGUUUUUAAAUAAAAUUGUAGGUCAUCGACCAACAGAAACAAAUAUGCCACUUGCUGAAGACGUCGAAGAAAACUCAAUUAUAUCUGAAAGUCAAGUUCAAAAAAAGAAAAUGAAGACACCAAAUGGUAAAAGGAGCUUUUCUUCGACUGCUGAACCUUCGCCAGAAUCAAUCGACAGUCUAGACACAGCUGAAAGUCAAACAGCCGUUUCCGAUUACGAUUUCGAUUUUUCAAAACCACCAGUUUUUUACAAAUCAUUAAUUAAUUAA